ACAUCAGAUCUCCUUCACGAUUGUAUUAACUAGAAUAUUUCCUAUAUGAGUUAUUUUCGUUGGUUGUUUUUUUCGUGGCAGCUGGCAAAAGCGUUAUCUCUCUACCGAGCGCGGACGAGAACGGAAGCUCUCUACAAGCCCCUAGGCUAGCUUUCUCAAGGGUGCGGCCAUCACAAGGAGUUUUCAUACGCGGAAUUUUGUCUGCUACGGUGGUGUACUAUGACUGAUUCCUGAUGAUGUUCGGAGGUGUUACCGUAGCACAUGGGAAAUUCGAACGUAUAUCAACGCCCCUGCUUAUCACAGGAGGUCACUGUUCACCUACUUUGCAUAGGCACUGGUGUAAAAUUCCGAGGCCAGAGUAUCUUAUUAAUUAUGAAGAAAAGGCCCACUAACCAGCUCUUCGCUACGUGGUGCGUUGGGGAAGCUUGUUAUGUGAAGGGACGAAUUUCUGGCAGAGUGAAAAUGAAGAGAAGCAUGUGAGAGGCAAUUUUUACCCUCGAAUAUUUGACUUUUUCCAUCCCAUGGGCCGUGUGGAUUCUGCAGUAAACAUGCUUGAAGCUUGAGCAGCCACAAAAGCGCCCAUUUCACAGAUAUUAAUAGGCUUUUUAUUAGAGUGUUCUGCCAGCCGCCGAACCCAAGGGCCCCCCAAGCAGCAGAUCCAUGGCAAUCUCCGUGCCAUGCCAGGCUAGAUUGCUAGUUCUCAGAGCCGCAGCUCUGACGCAGCUCAGGUCCUUAGGCUGUAUAAUUUGGAAAGUCAAUGCCGCCCCUUCAACCAAAUGUUGAAAGGUGGAAAACGCAGAUUCGCCCCCUCCACUUCACGAGGAGCGGAAACAGCGCUUCAUGCGCAGAAUGAAUCUCCGGGGUCAUGCCAACGCAAGCGGGCCUUUUCCGGGGCAAUUUUCACCUAUUUUCAAUCGCAGGUUUACUAUUUGGCGGCGCAUUGCCCCGGUGUGGCCUAUGUGGUUUGGUUAGUUAGUUACAUAAUCCCUUCCGAGCGGCGAUAUUUCUUCCAGUUUAUAUUGACCUCGGCACUUCCUCUUCGGGCGAGCACUUGAGUGGUUCCGGCAGCGCAGGGACUGGACGCAUUUAUAGAUACCAUCGCUCCUCCCCCAGGAUUGCGGGUGUGCUUCUCUUCCUCUGCCUCUUCUUCUUCAUCCUCUCAUCCUCUCAUCCUCUCCCCGCAUUGCUCUACACAUCUCCCUCUCUGUCUCUCAUUCACUAUCUUUUUGCGCAAGUGGUUUACCGCCGCGGAUUCCACCUCCCCCCCCCCCCCCCCCAAAAACAAAUCCCACACGGCUUUGAAAAUGCCACCCGUCCCUGAAUGGGUAAAGGCUUUGAACCCUCCCGGUCCGCAGGGCUCGGAGCUUCUACAGCAGGAGCGAGACCGCUCCAAUGUCUCCGUGAAUAAGCUGGCGGAAUUGGUUCAUACCAAAGAAGUGCUGGACCGACAGGAUAAAAUUCUAGCCGUCAUGGAAAAGGAGAAAGUUUUUGAUAAAUCACAAAUUCUUUCUAUGGGCCGUGUAGAACGGAUAAAAGCAUCCCUUGGUAAGGCUAAGCGCAUCCAACAAUUAAGGGAACAGCACAAUUGGACAGACGACGAAUUCAUCAUGGCCAAUGACCUUCUGAGCGAGCCCACUCCUUACGGACUCCACGCAAGCAUGUUCCUGGUGACUCUCAGAAAUCAAGCCACACCAGAGCAAAAAAAGCUGUUCCUGAGACCAGCGGAACGCUAUGAGAUCAUUGGCUGCUACGCUCAAACUGAGCUAGGCCAUGGAUCUAACGUCCAAGGUCUCGAGACCACAGCAACCUGGGACCCUACAGACAGAACCUUUGUUAUGCAUUCCCCGAGCUUAACAGCUUCCAAAUGGUGGAUUGGCUCUCUUGGCAAAACCGCGAAUCAUGCCGUUGUGAUGGCUCAGCUUAUUAUUGAGGGCAAGAGCUACGGCCCUCAUCCAUUCAUCGUACAAAUCCGCGACCUGAAGACUCAUGAGGCUCUUGAAGGAGUCUAUGUUGGUGAUAUUGGACCUAAGUUCGGCUACAACACCAUGGACAAUGGAUUCCUUCUUCUGAACCAAGUGAAAAUUCCACAUGUGAACAUGUUGGCACGGUUCUCGCAUGUUGACCCCAUUACAAACAAGUACGUGCGUUCUGCCGCAUCUACUUUGGUCUAUGGUACAAUGACCUGGGUUCGGUCUACAAUUGUACUGCAAUCGGGCAAGGUCCUAGCCCGAGGUGUAACGAUUGCUACGAGAUAUUGCGCUAUCCGAAGACAGUUCCAGGACCGUGAUACAACGGAUAAGUCUUCCGAUGAGAACCAGGUUCUCAACUACAAGAUGGUCCAAAUCCGACUUCUUCCCCUACUUGCUGCUACCUUUGCUCUUCAUUUUACUGGACGGCGAAUGAUGGAAAUGUAUGAGGAAAACCAGAGACAAAUGGCCCGCGGUGGUUCAGCAAAGGCAGGAGCACUUCUCCUUGCCGAUCUCCACGCCACCUCCUGUGGUCUCAAGGCCCUUGGGAGUUCCGUAGCAGCUGAGGGAUUAGAGGUAUGCCGACGCGCAUGCGGUGGUCAUGGCUAUAGUAGCUACAGCGGCAUCGGUCCAUGGUACGCCGAUUAUCUGCCAACUCCCACAUGGGAGGGUGACAACUACAUGUUGACGCAACAAGUAGCACGAUAUCUGCUCAAAUCUGCUAGAGCUGUCUAUGCCAACAAUGCCCCUGACAACGACACCAGCCGCAUUCUCAAGAAUUAUAUUCGCCGCCGAGACAUGGGAGCUGCGUUCGACAUCCUUGACAAUGAUGCUGACAUCGUAGACGCCUUCGCCUGGCGUACCGCUAACCUCACUUUUGAGGCCCUGAAAAACCGUGACGUUGCCAAGCGCUCAUGGAACAGCUUGCUCAUCGAUUUCUGGCGCCUCUCGACUGCCCACUCACAAUACCUCGUCGUGAAGAACUUCUACGAAAGUGUCUUUGCGCCCUCCACGGCCUCCGCCCUGGAUCCUGAAACAACCGCAGUCCUCCACAAACUCUUCCGACUCCAUGCUCUGUACACCUUGGAGCGCGAGUCCGCCGACUUCUUCACCUCGGGUGCUGUGACCAUCCGUCAAAUCACCCUCGCCCGGACCAAGGCAGUUGUCAAACUCCUUGACGAGAUCAGGCCCCAUGCGGUCCGGCUCGUUGACGCAUGGAAGUUCCCGGACUGGCAGCUUGACAGCUCCUUGGGCCGCUAUGAUGGCAAAGUCUACGAGGAUCUGUUCCACCGGGCCAGCCAAGAGAACCCUGUCAACAACUUCACGUUCGAUCCAUACCCAUGGAAUAACGCGGUGGUGAAGAAUGAGAAACAAAGCAAACUCUAAAAAUCCACUGCCUUUGGUGGUGUUUCUUCUCAUUUCGUUUUAUGUUUGAUACAUGAAAUCUGUUUCUGUCAUUAUCAUUGCGUCUUUUUCAGAUCAUGGGAGUAACACAUUG